GUGCUUCGUCGUCCGCCGCAAGCGCUCCCGGUCCCCGCCGCGCGGUUUCGACUCCGCGCGGCGCGCGCGCACGCGCCCGAUGCCGGACGCGGAGCCAGCGGCGGAUGCCGCCAACGCGGGGCCGGCGCCGGCGCUGCCCGACGACAUGCUCCUGGAGGUGUUCAAGCGGCUGCCGCCGCCGCGCGACGUCGUCCGCUGCGCCGCGGUGUGCCGCCGCUGGCGCCGCGUCCUCGCCGGCGCGGAGGCGGCGUGCCUCCCCGCGCCGCCCCGCCACUUCGGGUUCUUCCGCAACUACGCCCCGUCCCCGCUGCCCCCGUUCGUGCCCGCCGCGGGCGUCGCCUUCGACGCCGGCUUCGUCCCCGUGCCGCCCGCGUGCGGCGCGGUCCUCGCCGACGCCCGCGGCCGGCGCCUCCUCCUGCGAGAGCUCGGCCCCGGCAGCGCCCGCGAACUCAGGCUCAUCGUCUGCAGCCCGCUCGAGAAGACGUACGUGCGGGUGCCGUCGCUCUACACCGCCGGGCACAGGGUGGCGUGCACCGUGCUCGUCCCUGGGGAAGGCGCCGCGUUCCGCGUCGUCGUGGUCCUCUUCGGCUCCGCCCCGAACCACUUCGAGGUGCUCGUCCACUCAUCGGCCUCCUCCUGUUGGGAGGCCGCCACAGGGCCGGUGAACCGGGAGGUGGUCGUCCGCCGCGGCCCGUCGGUCGUCAUCGGCGACGUCGUGUACAAGCUGCACGGUGAAGACAAGUACAUCAUGGUCGUCGACGCGGUCAAGAUGACGCUGUCGGCGGUGCCCCUCCCCAACACAGGGACGCUCCUCUACGUCGGCAACCACUGGAUCGGCAAGACAGGGAACGGCCGCCUCUGCUUCUUCGCGAUGCGAGAGCAGCUUACUCUCGUCAAGUGGGUUCUCGCAGCACCUGGCAACUGGGUGGAGCUGCAACCCGUGGACCUCCGCAUGCUGAUGCACCCGGCGCUGGUUGGCGACCUCGCCCAAACCAAGCUCUCGGCAAAGAUGUCGGACCAGCUCCGUGGAUGCAAGCUCGUGAGCUUCGCCGCGUUCUGCGAGGCCACUGGCACCCUGUUCUUCAUCAUGGCCGACUGGGUCGUGGCGCUCGACCCCAGGUCGGGGAGGCUGCAGCGGCUGUGGCACAACACAGACGAGUCGCGGCCGCUGGGCGACGUGUACCCGUGCGAGAUGCUGCAGUGGCCGCCGGUGCUCAAGGAUGUCGGCGAGGUCCAUGAGGCGGGAGUAGUUUCUUGAAAUGCGGAUGUGAUGUUGGGUUCGGGCUAGCGUUUGCCUGUUAAUUGGUGGAUGCAAUUGAAAUUCUGGAUUGUUAAAUGUAUGAUGCGUUACCAAUCGCUGAAUAAAUUAUGGAA